UAUCUCCAACAUGGCGUCGCUGGGAAGGAGGCGCGGUGUCCCAGUAAGCAGGGAGAGGGGAGUGAUGGCAGCGACAGAGUGCAACAUUGUGCACGAGAUCUACAAUGGGGAGAAUGUGCAGGACCAGUUUGAGUACGAGUUGGAGCAGGCUGAGGCCCAGUAUAAAUACAUUGUCAUUGAGCCCACACGCAUCGGAGAUGAAACGGCCCGGUGGAUUACCGUGGGCAACUGCCUGCACAAGACGGCCGUGUUGUCAGGUACCGCUUGCCUCCUGACGCCCCUUUCUCUGCCCGUUGAGUACUCACGUUAUGUGGCAUUGCCCGCUGGUGCCUUCAGUGUGGCCUGUGCUGCCCUCUAUGGGAUUUCAUGGCAAUUUGACCCCUGCUGCAAGUACCAGGUGGAGUACGACAGCCAAAAACUCUCACGGCUGCCCCUGCAUACACUCACCUCCUCGACGCCCGUUGUAUUGGUACGCAGGGAUGAUGUCCACAGAAAGAGACUCCAUAAUACGAUAGCACUGGCUGCCCUGGCAUAUUGCAAGAAGAUCUACGAACUCUAUGCUGUAUGAGUGCACUCUGAAGAGGGUUUAAGAACCAACAGAAUAAAAGGAAAAACAAACAAAAAAACAGAACCUAUCCACCCCCAGAUGUAAGAAAAGUGGAAGUCAGGAUCAGGCCCAGCAGUUAGCGCCACACAUGCGGUGGUUGCUUCCAUUUUGAACUUUGAUCAGAGGGAUAUAGUUAAAACUAGAAGGAAUUGUUUUUCCCUUACAUUUUCUUCACGUCUAUGUGAUAACUGCACACUUAUAUCUGUAGUACCCUUGCGCCUGAUCCCCUGCACCCUCCACCUGCAUCCUUGAUACCCAAGCAAGUGCACAAGGGUACCACAGCAGUUCCUCUGGAUUGAAUUGUACUGCAGUUGAACGGACCUGACAUGUUGAGUAACGAGCUCUGUCCCUUUCCCUCGUAGUUUUACUGUACCCCCUUUCUUGCUGAUCAGUACAUCACCCUUUCAUUAAACAUUAGGAUAUUUCAAACUAACUUUUCUGUAUUUUAUUUUACUUUUUUCAUUAAAUCUACAUGAUGUUCAGAAACAAGCAAAUAGUUGCAACUUAUUUGAGAUUGUGUCUUGUUCAUGUAGAUAUUCUUGUUUAAAAGAGUGUAAGAGAGAUAAUAUGUGACAAUGCUGUGGCGCAAUGUUUUUUGAAACACUACACAAAUACUUACUUUUGAAAAGUCACAUUUUACACAUGCUUCUAAUGUAUAUUACAUUGACAUCAAGCCAAACCCACAUAGUUAAAAUUUAAAAUAUAAACACUAUUUGACUUCACAGAUGACAAGCCACAGAAAAUUAUAAAUUCAUACUUUCUUGUAUAUGUUUAUCCAAUGGUGCUUGUUAUGCAUUGCUAUCUUGAUCAGCAGUUUUCAAAUUUGGGGUCAUAGGAGGAGGUAAACGUAUCGUCAACGUGGAGGAUGAGUUGUGAUACAAAGACUUGUAAUGAUUUAAUUAUGAAGUGGAAUUCAGAUGUGAAUUAGUUGAUAUCAAGAGUAACGGUGACCUUGUCAGGAUCACUGAUUCAAAGUACAUCUCGUAUAAAUAAAUGUUCACUACAAGCUGAAGGAGAAUUGUUGGAUUUUAGCAAAUUUAAACGUGUUUAUGAAAAGUUUCCUAAAGAAUUUUGUGUAAAUCCCUUAAAGGUCUAUCGAAUAAUGUAUCAAAUAAAUUGUAAACUUGC